AUGGCCACCGAGCUUACUGUCCAGAGCGAGCGCGCCUUCCAAAAGCAGCCGCACAUCUUCACGAACUCGAAAGCCCCCGCAAAGAACAAGCGCACCAGACCGGGAAGGCAGGGCAGGAGAUGGUACAAGGAUGUCGGACUGGGCUUCCGGACGCCCAAGACCGCCAUUGAGGGCUCGUACAUCGACAAGAAGUGCCCUUUCACCGGCAUGGUCUCCAUCCGUGGCCGUAUCCUGACGGGUACCGUUGUCAGCACCAAGAUGCACCGCACCCUGAUUAUCCGCCGAGAGUACCUACACUUCGUGCCCAAGUACGCCAGAUAUGAGAAGAGGCACAAGAACCUUGCAGCACACGUCAGCCCGGCAUUCCGUGUGGAGGAGGGUGACCAGGUCACCGUUGGGCAGUGCCGUCCCCUCAGCAAGACCGUCCGAUUCAAUGUCCUCCGUGUGCUUCCUCGCACUGGCCAGCGGGUCAAGCAGUUCAACAAGUUCUAA